GUAGUCUCUCAUUGGCUAGCGGAACCAACUUCAAUACGUGUUUCCGAGUUUCGUCUGGCUACCUAGUUAUUAUUCCGAGUUUCGUGCAAGUUUCGUGUGCCAUCCAUUGCUCAGUGGUGCCAUCUGCACCAUAGACUAGAAUAAGCUGCUGCCGAAUCUGCGCCAUUUGUAUUUUAUUUUGUAACCUCGUUGUGUCGUGGGCGCAACAAGUAUUUUUUUGUAAAGUGAUUCGUGAUUAAUCACUACAAUUAUUACUAUUUAAUAGUUUUAUUAGUAAAAAGUUCAUAAUGGAACAAGACUUAAAAAGGCUGAUAGCUGCGAGAGGCCAGUUAAAAGGCACAAUUACAAGAUUGUAUAAUUUCAUUAGUAAUGAAACCGAGUUUAAAAAAGAUAUAUCUGUUCUAGAUUCACAAAAUUGCGAGGAUUUCGAGCGCAUCGAAAAUCAAUACUUUGCAAUAAUGGCUGCCAUUAAUGAAAAAUUGACUCCCAAAACAAAUUGUGAGGUUGGUAAACCAUCUACCAGCAGCAGCAACCUGACUAAGUUGCCCAGGAUAGAAAUACCGAGGUUCAGCGGACAGAGCAACGUGCAACCAUUCUUGAGACCGUGGCUGAGGCUGGCCAUAGCCAUGCUCACCCUACCCGAGUAGUGAACAAGAGCCACGGAGCGAGCCUCGUGACCACCACAGGGAGUACCACCAGCUCCAGCACAAGAUGCUGCGACUUCUGUAAGUCUAAAUAUCACAAGUUGUAUCAAUGUCAAAAGUUUCAAUUAGCUUUGCCAACUGAACGUGUGCUGUUUAUUCAAAAUAAUAAGUUGUGUUCACUUUGCUUAAAUCAGCAUAACAAUAGAAAGUGUUUCUUUGUAUUCAAGUGUAGCAUAUGUAAGGAGCGUCAUAAUACGUUAUUACACGUAGAUAAUGCACCAGAAAUACCUAAGCAGGUAUCGGUAUCAAUGGGCCAAUAUGGCAAUAUAUUACUACCAACUAUUAAGGUAGGUUUAGUAGAUAAGCUUGGCAAUACGGUUUAUGCCAAGGCUUUAUGUGACUCAGGUAGUCAAAUAUCAUUCAUUUCAUCAGAUUUAGCUGAUCAAAUUAGUUGUGAAUUAAAAGAUGAGCAAACUAUAAUUAGUGGCAUAUGUCAAGGGAAAAACAAAACUGCAAAGAAGGCUAAGUUUACAAUAUAUUCUGAAAAUAAUGAUUACAGCUUAAAGCUAACAUGUUGCAUUGUUUCAAAAAUAACUUGCGAUUUACCACAAUUUGAUGUAGAUAUUGGUAGCUUAAACAUACCGACUCACAUCAAGUUAGCUGACAGGGAUUUCAAUAAAAGUGAACCAAUAUCAAUUUUAUUGGGUUGUGAUAUAUUUUUCAAAAUUCUUUUGCGUGAACAAUUGCCAAUAAUUCCUGGCGGGUUAUAUUUACAUGACACGCGUUUUGGUUAUGUUGUGGCAGGACAAUUACCGUUAAAACGAAGCCCGGCCACCACGUCACAACAGAU